AUCAAAACAAAUUAUUGAGGCCGUCCUCAUUUUAGUAAUGUUUAUUUAUUAAAAAAUAUAACUGAAGAUGGCAUUAUGACCAAGAACUUUAAACAUGUAUAAACGGGUACAUUACUUUGGCACAAUAUUGUUUAUGUGUUCACUUAUAUAUUUAGUUAGAGUUGUAUUUACUGAAAUUUUUGACGAUGAAAGUGCGCUGGUCGACGAAUGGCUGGACCAGAACGAUCUUAGUGAAUAUAAGAAGCUCUUCAGAGAAUAUGGCAUCUCCACGUUGUCUGGCUGCGGGUCUCCAGACCAGCUGGACCGGCUGCCGGAGCUGCCGGCGGCGGAGGAGAAGAGGCUGCGCCGCGCUGCACAGAUCCUGCAGCAGAGGCUGGUACUCCGCCAGUGGCUGGCCACGCACAGGCUGCAGCACACCUACUCCAAACUCCUCAGCCUGGAUGUGUCCUCCCUGGAGGACGUGUACUGGCUGGAGGACGGCACGGCGCGCCACGUGCUCGACCCGAAGGACUUCGGCGCGUGGUCGGCCGCCCGGCAGAGUCUACCCACCGGCAAGGAGGCGCUGCAGACCCUCAAGGCUGAUCUAUGGAGCGCUGUCGUCAAGAACAGCAAGCACCAAGACGCUUGGACCUGGGGAGGGAUGCUGGUGGUAUCAGUGUCGGUGUGUGGGCUGGUGACGCUGGCCGCCAUGACGCAGCCCUCACUCGCGCCGGAGGCCAAGCACUCCCUGCUGCAGUACGUCACCGGGAAAUAUCUGCACCCGCCUAGUUGUAGGGUCGAAUGGGGUUGGACAGAACCCCAGGCGGUGGGAGAAACCAUGUGCUUCACCGUCCACUGCUUCCAACGCAACGGUCAGCCCUAUCCCAUCUGCGACACUGACGAACUCACGGUGGCCAUUACCCACGGCUCCAGGAAAGUGACGGCGGUCAUAGAGCUGGGCUCGGGCGACCCGGCGCAGGCCAACACUGCGCGGGUCAAGUUCACCGUCAGGCAGGCUGGGGUCUACAUCGUGUCCGUCAUGAUUGGCCUGGUCCCGGUGGCGGGCAGUCCGUUCCGCAAGUGGUUCACGGCGGGCGGCGUGGAGGCGCGGCGCUCGCGCGUGGGCCGCGCGCACCACGCGCUCGUCUUCGCCGCGCAGCACGCGCGCGCACUGCACGUGCACCCCCGGGACCACUACGACAACCCCGCGCCACUCACCGACCAUGAGUCUCUGCAGGGGUUCUCGAUCGAGAUCAGUCCGCUGGGUGGCGAGGUGGACGAGUCGUUGUCAUCAGCGGCGACAUUUUCCUACGACUCGGUGAACCAGCGCGUCAGUGUCUCUCUGUGCUUCGAGCGCGCCGGCCUGUACCGCGCGCGGGUACUGUACCGCGGACAGAUGCUGCAUAAUGGGGAGUUUGACUGCAUCGUCCUUACUGCGAGCGACACGGCGACAGUGCAGCGCAACAUAUCGUCGAAGCGUCACAACAUCUGCUACGAGGCGCGGCUCCUGUCGGGCAAGCCGCGCCGCGUGCUCUGCUGCAUCAGCCCCAAGCAGCUCACGCUCAAGGACUACCUCUUCAAGUUCAUCCCCAAGAGGAUCACCAGCUUCCGCCUCUGUCCUUCUACUAAGUUGAUCCUGAAGCCGACCCCGCUGGGGUCGGGCCCUGGGGGCCAGUUCACGCUGGAGGACGGGGUGCAGCCCCAGCUGGAGCUGGUGUCAGCGGAGCGCGACCUCAUCGCCGCCACCUUCACGCAGCUACUCAUCGCCAACUGCGGCGGGGAGGACACCUUCAAGAACAAGCAGGACUUCUUCUACAGCGAGAUCCGCAAGGUGCACGCACGACACCCGCACGAGAAGCUGGCCAUCCGCGUCGUGCGCAGCGAGCUGCUGCGGACCAGCCUCAAGGCCACGCGCCACUUCACCGUGCAGGACUGGUGCAAGAACUUCGACAUCACCUUCCAGGGGGAACAGGGCGUGGACUGGGGCGGAGUCCGCCGCGAAUGGUUCUCGUUGCUGUGUGGUCAGCUGUUUGACCCCAAGUUCGGUUUGUUCGUGUCCUUCCACGACUCGCCCACCGGCCUCGUACACCCCAACCCGGAUAGACCGCCGCAUCUCAAGUUGAAGCACUUCGAGCUAGCGGGUAAGCUGGUGGGUAAGUGCGUGUACGAGAGUGCGCUGGGAGGCUCCUACCGACAACUGGUGAGGGCGCGCCUCACUAGGUCCUUCCUCGCACAGAUCAUUGGGCUACGGGUGCACUACAAGGUUUUCGAGCAGGACGACCCGGAGCUGUACCUGUCCAAGAUCAAGUACGUGCUGGAGACAGACCUGGACAGCGGGGACUCCGUGCCCGAGCUGUACUUCGCGGACGAUGUGUACGACUCCUCGGGCAGGCUUGUGGAGACACACGACCUGCUGCCCAACGGGUCUACUAUCCGGGUCCGCAACAGUAACAAGAUAUCGUACCUGGACGCGCUGGCGCAGUGGCGUCUGGCGGCGCGGGUCCGUCCCGAGACCGAGGCCUUCCUGCGCGGGCUCGCCGUGCUCGUGCCCGACAACCUGCUCGCCAUCUUCGACGAGAACGAGCUGGAACUGCUACUGUGUGGCACCGGGGAACUAUCCGUGCACGACUGGCGCACGCACGCGUUAGUAGCCGGGUCGGGGCGCGACUGGGAGCGCGUGCUGGCGUGGUUCUGGGCCGCGCUGUCCAGCUUCACCACGGAGGAACGCGCCCGACUGCUGCAGUUCACCACGGGCUGCUCGCAGCUGCCGCCCGGCGGGUUCCAGGAGCUGAACCCCCGGUUCCAGAUAACGGCGGCGCCGAACUUCGGCGCGCUGCCGACGGCGCACACGUGCUUCAACCAGCUGUGCCUGCCCGACUACGACUCCUACGAGCAGCUCGUGCACGCGCUGCUCUGGGCCAUCAACGAGGGCGGGGAGGGCUUCGGCAUGAUCUAGGCAGCAGGUACCAUCAGGACUUAAGUAACACCUAUAAUGUUGAUUCAGGCUAUGGAACUUUUGUUUCAGCACUUUUGGAAAUACAUGGGAAUUAAUGAUGCCUGUAUAGCAGAUCGGUUUGUGUAGAAACUUACCGAAAUCUGUUCCAUUUUCAAAAAUACUAAAAUGAAAGUUAUUCGAUUUAUUGGCCUGAACUGAUUUGCUCGAUUUUUUAAAUUCAACCUCCUACAAUUAAGUGCUCUUAAACUUGUACAGCCGAUUCUAUAUGGCAUUUUGAACUUCUAAAAUAUAAUUUAUAUAACUUAAGCUUUCUUCAUACAGGUUUAAACUACAAAAAUCGAGCAAGUUUCUAAUGGAACACGCGUGUAAAAAUGAACACUUAAUGAGGCGAAAGCAAAGAAAUUAUUAUUUAUUUGAUAUUUUUUAUUUAAGAGAAUUUAACUAUGAUGCAUACAAUUGUUAGUCAACAUCAUUUAAACAUGAUGUAAAUUAAUAUUUUUAUUUAUUUAACGAACGCGUCCUCUACUGGGCAACGGUUUAUAAUUAGUAUUUAGUAUCGUGGGAUCGAAAGUAACUGAUUACGGCCAGAGGCGAAUCAAACGCGCGCUAAAGACCGCACUAGGCACCUUAUAGGCAUCGCCGGCACUCUGUAGCCAGUUGGGCAUGCGUGUAACCUGGCUCCCGAAGGACUUGUCUAGUCUACCUUAGGGGAUAAUACGGCUCUACUUACGACCCAUACAAGGAGAACUAACUUAAAAUACUAAAAUCUCCAAUAUAUACAUAAAAAUAAUUAAAUAUUUCGUACGUAAAGCUACAAUGGGUCCACGAGCCUUUAAGUUAAAUUGGAAUCCUGCCAAAGAAGAUGUCCAUUCUACAUGGAAUUGAUGAACAUGAGACAAUAACAAGUUAGGUAACAUCAUGUUAUUUGUCAAGCUAUUGUUAAGACGAGUGAGCACUCGACAUAAGAAUAUAAAUGAACGAUUUAAAAAAGAAAAUUCUAAAUUAUAUGGACGAAGACGGAGGAGAUGAAUAAAUAAAUAAAUGAAGCCACAGAUUGUAUGAAAACUGACGGAAUUAAAAAUCAUCUGUGCAUGUAUACUUACAAGUAUUUUACUUGUAUAUAGUAAUUUUAUUUAUUACUAAAAGUUUACUGAAUGUAGUUGUAAUCUACUUAGUAAUGGUUCCUUUUCUUUACCAAAUCGUGUUAGUGGUCCCCAACUAGAGAUGUAUUAUUGUCUACGAUUGCAAAGUUUAAGUAUUUAUUGAGCCACUAAUGCCUUCUUAUUAUCCAAAAACUAUAGUAUUCUAUUACUUUUUAAAUAAUUUCCAAAAAAUAGUGUAUAAUGUAGAUCUGAAAUGCAAACUUAGUUUAAAGUUUUAUUUACAUUAAGAUAAAGAUAAUAAAAUAGUUAUUUCGUCAAACCAAUAGAAUUGUCAAUAUUAAUUGGUAAUACUUGUAUUUCGCGGCUUUGUUCUUAAAUAUUAUAUAUUUAUUAUUAAUUUAAUAUACUUACUAUACCAAAUGUCAUCAGUGAAAAAUACAGAUUUUAGAUCUUUAAACAUUUUUCUAAACAAAAUUAUACUCCAAUACCUCUAAACAAAUAAAACAUUUAUAAGAAAUAUUAUAUAGAGCUGAAUUACAAAAAAUACGAUAGUGAAUUAUUUAUUUAUUAUGUAAAAAAGAGUCAGUCUUAUUUUUUUUAAUACAAACAAACUUUGGCCUAAACUACACUAUGACUCCAAUGUAAACUCCAAAGUUGCAUUUAAUAUAAAUUAUUAAUGAUAUAUAAUAAAUAAAUACGUGUAAUUUAAUAUAAAUUCUAAUUAUAAUGUAUACUUGUGUGUGUGGUUGUAUUUGGAUGUACGUCUUAUUUACAGAAACAGUUGUGUAACGACCCCUAUAUAUUGGAACAUAUAUAACUUAUUUAAUACUGACGCGAUUCAUUGAUUACUGAUGAUAUUACUGCAUUAAUAGUUACAUUCUUACAGUCUUAACUGAUAUCUAAGUUAUUUCUUUGCUACAAAAAAUACGUAAACAUAGUUAAUGAUAUUUGUUUUGGCGAAACUCACACACAUAUAUGAAAUUCUUUGGGCCUAAUUUACAAUAUCUGAAUAACGGCAAAGUAUCAGAUAUAAUUGAUUAAAGAACGUAAUUUAAGAGAUCUAUCUGCCACAUAAAUGUUUAUAAGGCCACUUACAACAUGUAUAGAGGUUGUGAACCAAUCCCUUGAAAUUGUAACAGCUUUUUAAAAUUCCACAACUGUUACUGUAACGUAAGGUGUAACGUUAGUGUUCAAUCAAAAUUAUAAUUGUUUAAGUUUCAACUUGUUUAGUGUAAGUAUGGAUCUAGUCAUAUGAUACUCUAGUUCUCGCAAUUUGAUUGCAUUUACUUCGUGUUUGGGAGGAGACAUCUGUCAAUGUUUACUUAUUUAAUCAAGUAUUUUAUGUAACUUGUAAGAUAUUAUUUAGUUUAAGUUAAAACCAAGGAUACUGUAGGAGACAAAUGUCUUGCGACACGUGUUGCUAGCGACUUUAGUCGAAGUAGCGCGAUAUUGCCGGACUUUGGUCAAUACCUAUGUAACUGGUAACAUCACACGACACGGGUCUCCAAUUACAUUGAGUGAAGUAAAUAUUUUAUCUGAGGACAUGAAUCGUGAGUUGAGGCCAUAUAUGUCAGACGAAAUCCGCCGGUUUCACUUGACAAGUCGCCAAUACAUGUUGUGGGUUAUUUGUCCCCUAGUGUAUCCUUGGCUUAAAGUUAUAUUUUAUUUCGGUUGUGAUUUAUCAUGCUUCAAAUUACUUUACUAUUCUGUUUACUAGUCGAAUUGUGAGGCUUAUAUUUCAUUGUUAAGAGGCACAAAAUGUUGAGAAUUUUACUAUAAUUAUGUGUAAAUACUGUUUCAUUGUAUGAAGGAGAAAUGAGUAUUUAUUACUAGACUAGUCAUGAUAAGAGAGGUAUCACGUGAUAUCGGAUUACAUAAUGUAAAAACGCCCUCAAAUCUGAUGUCCUACGAAAGAUUUGCUAGUCUGGAAUACCAACAACAAUGAAUGAUUUACUGCCACGUAAAUAUAAUGAGUAAAUUCAUGUCGACUCUCAAAUCACACGCGCACCGUUCUAAAGCUAACUAUUAGCUGUUUAUUUAUUUUAUUAGUACAUACUUCUUAUGUAUUUCCCCUUUAUUAAUGCCAUAUUUGUCACUAAAUAGAGUUAUAGAAGAAUGUUCCGAUUGGCCAAUGAUAAAGUACUAUUGUAACAUGGGCCAUGUCGCGUAACAAUUAUGGCAUUUUAUUUAUUAAAAAAAUUAAGUAGAAGUGUAACUUAAGUCAUUUGAUGUAAUUUUAUAAAUAGCUGACCUCUUGUAUAUAUCUAUUUCAAACUUAAUGCGACCUGGAUAUGGUACGGAGAUUAACAAAAAAAGUUAAGCUGUGUUUAAUACCUGUGGUAUCUAUGUCGUUAGAUAUAAGGACUAUAUUCCUAAAGCAAGCAUUAGAUCCAAUUAAUUAAUAGUCUAUGAACUUUACAUUGAGAUAACGCGUUAAUUGUUAUCAGGGUCGGGGCACAGGGCGCUGUAUUAUCACGCGGGUUCAAAUGAUAGAUCAUGCAGAUAUUAUAUAUGUGUAUGAUACUUAUAUAACAGAGAAUUUGCAUACCUUGUAAUGGCGAAUGCCCGGUGCACAUUAUGCAUCUUGGGUGAAAGGGUUUUAACAUGACUAUUUCUGACGCAGUCGGUUAAAAGUCAACGUCAAAGCAUUUAUUCCAAAAAAUCCUAAAUUAGGCACUUUUGAAACGUCAAACUGAAUUGUCCGUCAGUCUGUCUGUCAGUGAAGCUAGGUGCUCGUUCCAAAGUGUAGCUUCGAAUGGAGAAGAACGAGCAAGAAACUCCAUAAAAAUGCUUAGAUACUACUACUAGGACUCUAGUAUAAAAUGGCAGUAUUUAAUUGUUUAAUGUGUGUGUUGUCUAUCUACAAUGUGUAUGAAUCUCCGUGCCAUUGUCCUGAAAGUCGACAAUGUUUAAGUAGUUCAGGGGGUGAGCAGAAUUGUAGGCCUAAUCUGGAGAUACUUGGGUAUCGCCUGGCACACUGUCAUAAUGUAAUUGCAAGUAUUUUAUACAACACAACUAUAUAUCUAUAUGUAAACCAGUAUUCAGUGUAACCUAGUAUUGUUUUAUUAUAAUUUAUUAUUUUCUUUUAAGUCAUCGCCUGCGUCUAUCUGUUUUCAUCAGUGGAUAGUUCUAAACAUCUUGUCUGUCCGUAUAUAAGACACAAUAGAAUGUUUUCUAUUAUGUCGCGUAGAUCUGCGCUCUAACAUACAACAGGUUAAAGAAAGUUUGGUGUAUUUAAAGUAUUUUAAUGUAUUUAUCGGAAAUCUUUGACUAUCUUAAUGUAUUUAUAAAUGGUAUUAUUUUCAUGAAUUCAAACAAUAUUCUGUACUGUUAUAUAAUUAUGUUAAUAUAUAAGACACUGCAUAUAGUAUAGUUGUAAAUAACUACAUGUAUAAUUACGUUGUGUGUAUGUUUGUACAUGGCUCGCCCCCAGUGAUAGGAACCAUUCCAAAUGUUGAUAUUUUGUAGUUGAAACAUUGUUGAUUAGAAAUGUAAGACUGAAAUAAAUUGAUGACGUCAGA